CUGUCGCAGCCGCAAGGUUGAUUGUUCCGAGUCGUCCUGCGGCGUCCCCUAUCUCUCGCUUCACGCACUCCCGUUUACCCUUUCGAAGGAAAAAGCAACACCAACUAGACGACGCGUUGCCGUGUUAUUUCGUGCGUUUGUGCGCGGUGUUUCGUGUUCAAGUUUUCAGUGCGUGAAGGAGAAAGCGGUUGUGCGGGGUACGUGAGCGUCGCGAAGGCCAACAACGGAGGUGAAAGUAGAACAAAGAAUUUUCGAUUCAAACAACGGUUGACAAUUGUGCGAGUGCGUGCGUGCGUGCCGUGUGUGAUUUAAAAGAAAUUCAUAAUCCACUGAAUCGAACGUUGUGCGCGUACCUAACCUCAAAAAACGGUCAACAAAUUUAAGCGGCGGGCGUACCUACCUCCCCCCGCACAAACACACCCAAGCGGACGGACGCGUGCGCCGACGGAUUUAUCGAAGAAAAAAAAGAGUUGAAAAACUGGGUGCGUUGGUAGUUGUGCUUGAUUGCGUCGCGUUUUCAUCGCGGUAUGCGUGCGGGCCCGUGUGCGCUGCGUGUUCGAGGGGGAUUUUUUCUUCGUCCGUAGAGUUUGAAUUAAAAGGAAAAAUUGUGUCGUCGCUACGAAAAGUGUUGAUUGUAUUGCGUGAAGUUUUCCCAGUGACUCAGUGGGCUUCGCUCGACCGAAACGCGUGACAAGAAAAGGACAAGUGCAAAACAGAACGGUGGAGCGCGCCAUCUUAGCAAAACAGAAUCGAUUGCGCAAAAAAAGAGAAACGCGACAAGAAAAGCGUACAGAAAGAAGAAGUGUGUAUAAACACAAAGUGUGAUCAAGCCAGCGUCUUUAUUGAGAGCGGUGCAAAUUCGAGUGAAAAUCAAACGGACCAAAUCGAAGUAAUCAUGGGUGCGCAGGUUUACAAUCGUAUGAUAGAGCAGCGGCUGCCUCACACUCCGCCACCGAUCCGGAUCACGGCGGCCAACCGACCGAUCGCUUCCUCCGGCAGUAACGCGGCUCGCAUCAAACGCAACCUUUUUGGCCGCGUAGACUCGACCACGGUGAAGCUGUUCGUUGAAGAACAGAUCGCCUCACAGAACGAGGAGAAGCGGAAGAAAUGGAACUUUGACUUUACCACCGGUCGACCGGACGAGAACGGAUCGUACAAAUGGGAGCGCGUUACUGCACCCGUUACCGUAUCACCAAGCUCGGCAAUGGUCACUCUAACCCGGGCUGCACACAUGUCCUCGACAUCGGCCGGACGACGAAGGGCACCGGUGGUGGAUGAGCGACAGGAGGAGGAGCCCCUCUCGAUGCAGAGCCUGUUGGAUCAGCGAGCGGAAAAGGCUAACGUCGGGGAGGUUGAUGUGUCCCCGGUCGACGAAGUGCCGGAAGCGAUUCGAACAUACCCGAAUCUGCGCAGCACCACAACCGCCACCGUGACCUCCGCCACGAUCGAACCACUGCCCAGCACACCGCCAUCAUCUCCUUCCAGUGGUAGCAGUAGCACCAGCUCGACAUCGUCGUCGUCGUCGCGUGUCACUAGAUCCCGGCAAAUGAGGAUUACUGAAUUCCUUAAAGAACGCAAGCGUCUCUCGACUGGCGCGUCGGUCGGCCGUACCCAAGCCAAGAAGGUGCGCCUGAUCGCGACAAUGUCCUCCAACGGUGCCGAUCCCAAGAAAGCCAUCACUUCGCCUGUAACCCGCCGCCACUCGGUGCCAUCUACAUCCUCUGGCUAAAUCUCGAGGACCACAUCAUUCGGACCACACUCCUCCAUACGGCUUUGACGCGAUAGAGAGUGAGAGGGAGAGAGGGGGGAGUGGAUGAAGGAUGCUAGCUAGUUCUAAAUUAAUCCCUAGACACGUUAAGGAAAUCCGCCCGCCCGCCCGCCUGCGUGGUUUUGCGGAAUGCAGUGAGGGUGGUUUUUUUGUAAUAAUGUAUUUUAUUUUCGAAACACCUUAACGUACUCUCGAUCUCGACUACGUUUUCUAGUUGAGAUAAUGUUAAAGUAGUUACCGGCUGCUGCUGCUUCUAUUUGAUCUUUUUAUUUACACAAGACCCACUCCCUUAUUAUGAGUUUUUACACAAUUGUUUUGGUCACUUCCUGCUGUCCUAUGCAAAAGAACAACCCGAUGAACGCGUACCCAAAUACAGAUGCCAGAGCGUUUAACCGAUGUGUUAACCGUGUGCUGCGCUCUGUCGUACGGGUGCGCUUUAAAUAUAUUUAAACGGGCCAGACAAGGGCGCCAUAGUCUUUUGCUUACGUUUUUACAACUUGUACACCGGCGCGCCAAAGCGGAACGGCAAAUUAUUAUUAUUAUUAUUUUCUACUUUUGUAAAUUAUCCUUUAUUUUUCUACACAUUAUUUACCCUCUAAGUAAGGUAUAGAGCGUACGAUUGAGUAAGAUGUGAUUAGUGGUAGUACGAUUUUAGGGACGUUUGAGUUUUUAACGUACGAUCGAUGAAUUGUAUGGAAAUUCACAUUCGUCAACGCAAACGUCGGAUAAAGCGAAUGAUUGAAAUACAGAUUUUCUCUAAUCAAUAGGAGGGCGUUCAAGUUACUCCUAUUGCUUACAGAAAGUACCCCGGUACCGUAGUAAAUGUCCUAGCAUAGCCCCAACAUCGGUAGCGUGUGCGUAGAGAAAGAGAAUGCGACCUUCUAGAGCCGGCGGAGAGGCUGUGCAAAAGGGAGCAUCCGUUUAUUGUAGCUAUGAGCUGUGAGUUAGUAAGGAGGGAAAUCCUUUUCCAGCAAAAUCCACAUCCCUCGAUCCUCGGUUGAGUGCGGUGCGUUUUUGGUGGCUUAAACGAUUUUAUUGCGUGCCGUCUCGUGCAUGCCUAGGUCAUAGGUAGGGCAACAGCUUCUUCAUCUUUUUUCUUCGCAUCUACUCAUCAAGUCACUCCGCUAUACACCACUGGUGUAUAACUUUUCACCUUUCACCGCUAAAUAAUUUUCUUCUUUUUAGUUCUUACGAAACUUUGCGUUUCAUCAUUCUGCGACAUGAGUUUUGUACAGAGCGAAUACGACGGAAGUAUAGAUCAAGACCGAGAAGCGUUCGUUCGUUAGCGUAUGUAGCGAUGGUAGUUGUGCCAAACGAUACUCGAUAUAAGCGAAGCAAUGGCAGAGGAAAGCGAAGUACAAAUCACUAUCAGAUCAUAUUCCCGACAGAGGGGAACCUCUUGUGUACGCGAGUUGUAGAAGGGAAGCGACCCGUGUUUGUUUUGCGUGAAUUCGUCAAACUAGCUUGCUCUCCUCCUAUAACUUCACGUCGUGAGUUGUUCUUCUAUCUGUUCAGAAUUCCCAAUUAGGAUCAAUCGAACAAUAUUAGAGCCCGAAAAAUAAGUAACCUGAUCAAGCGCAACCCGUUCACCAUGCAGCGUAAUCGUUUAAGCGGUAAAGUAACUUUCCUCGCUUGUUGUUCUUCGACUUUUCGGACACUGUGUUUGCAUAUGAGCCGAAAAAAUUGCGUUCGAUUUGAUUGAGUGUCGAAAUGUUCCCACCCUCUAGUAGUAACGUUAACGAUAGUGGUAAUACUAGUAGUAGCAAAUCGCAUAGCUUAUCCUGCAAGGAUAAGAACAUUAUCCCAUCGCUUGAUCACCUCGCUCUUCUCGCAGUGAUGAAGUGAAUGCGGUGACGAUGCGGUUUGAAUCUUCUUUCGCUGCUGCAUCAUAUAUAAGCUAAGGUGUACAUAGUGCUGCGAAUAAUUGUGAAACAGGUGGAUCUCUCGUACAUUAGGUGUUGCACUUUUGCUCCUUAUUGUAGGUUAAACUAUGAUUAGGCACGAUGUGGCGAGGAAAACGGGGGUAUGGGAUAAGAAGAGAGAGAGAAAAUUAAGGAAAACCAGAGAACCCAACACCAUUUGACCUAACAAAAGGCAAUCAAGCAUUCAUAAACAGUAGCAACAGUAGGAUCCAUCAGGCCCCGAAAGCAACAUUGUAUUUAAAAACAAAAAAAAAACUUCGAUCAAUUCUGAGAGGAGUGAGGAAUAGAAUCGAAGAGUUCGAUUCACGUUGAAUGCUUCGAUUCUCACCCUUCUCCCGCUUUUAAUUCCGCACUAUAAGAUCACCACGUAUAUUUCCGCUCCUGAAAAAGUACUAAAAUAAAUUUCAAAUGCAUAAAUAUA